GGAUAAUUGGGAAGAAGCACGUGGGGCCCGAGGCUGUGUACCCCUUCGACUUUGCCUACACAGAGGAGAACAGUUCGGUCCUGCAGGUUGGGAGAAACAUCAGCCGGAUCAAGGCGCUCGUCCGGCGGUUCCUGCAGAGCCAGGACGAGCGGCCUUUCUUCCUCUAUGUUGCCUUCCACGACCCCCACCGCUGUGGGCACUCCCAGCCCCAGUACGGGGCCUUCUGUGAGAAGUUUGGCAAUGGCGAGAGCGGCAUGGGCUGGAUCCCUGACUGGAAACCACAGAUUUACCGCCCAGAACAAGUGCAGGUCCCUGCCUUUGUCCCGGACACGCCGGCUGCCCGGGCAGACCUGGCUGCGCAGUACACGACCAUCGGGCGCAUGGACCAAGGGAUCGGGCUGGUGCUGCAGGAGCUGCGCCACGCUGGCGUCCUCAAC